AUGUUUCGAGCUGCCGCAGCUGGUCCUUUUGACGAGGGCGUCGCCAAGGCGACCGACGAGAACCUGACCUCGGAAGACUGGGGAGCCAUCAUCGAGGUCUGCGAUCGCGUUGGCAGCGACCAGAAUGGGCCCAAGGAAGUUGUCCAGGCCAUGAUCAAGCGCCUAGCGCACCGUAACGCCAAUGUCCAGCUUUACACCCUCGAGCUCGCAAAUGCUCUCAGUCAGAACUGCGGCAAGAACAUGCACCGCGAGCUCUCUAGCCGAGCCUUCACCGACGCAAUGUUGAAACUAGCAAACGACCGAAACACCCACACCCAGGUCAAAGCCAAGAUACUCGAGCGCAUGAAGGAGUGGUCCGAUAUGUUCAACAAGGAUCCCGAUCUCGGCAUCAUGUACGACGCAUACUUCCGACUUAAGCAGAGCAACCCCACCUUGCAGCCCCCUUCGGCGCCGCAGAAGACGGGCCUGACUGAGGUUGACCGCCAGAAGGAGGACGAGGAGCUACAGAUGGCCUUGAAGCUGUCGCUACAGGAAGAGGAGAGGAAGAAAGCCCCUGCCGCGUCCAACGCCGCCGCCUCGUCAUCUUCCGCUGCCCCUGGAUCGUCGGCACAGGCCGCCCAGCCGCAGGCUCACUCCACACCCGUGCCCGCAGGCACGACGGCUGCUACGGUUUCAAGAGUGCGAGCACUGUACGACUUCGUUCCCUCGGAGCCGGGCGAGCUCGAGUUCAAGAAGGGCGAUGUCAUUGCGGUGCUCGAGUCCGUUUACAAGGAUUGGUGGCGGGGUUCGCUCAAGGGGAAGACGGGUAUUUUCCCUCUUAACUACGUCGAGAAGCUUACGGACCCGACCCCCGAUGAGCUGGCACGCGAGGCCCAGAUGGAAGCCGAGGUGUUUGCAGAGAUCAAGAAUGUCGAGAAGCUGCUCACAUUGCUGAGCACAUCAAACACGGCGCCCAGAGAGGAGGACAAUGAGGAGAUCUCGAAACUUUACCACCAGACGCUAGCCAUCAGACCGAAGCUGAUCAAGCUCAUCGAGAAGUACUCGCAGAAGAAAGAUGACUUCACACAGUUGAACGAAAAGUUCAUCAAGGCUCGCCGUGACUACGAGUCGUUAUUGGAGUCGUCCAUGUCGCACCCUCCUCAACCAAGCUACCACCAGUACUCUAUGAGACCGGGCGCUGGCGGGUACCCCAGUGGUCCAGGAGCAGGAUACCCUGCCCAAGGUCCUCAGGGGCAUCCCCAGCAGCAGCAGCAGCAGCAGCAGCAGGAGCAGAGAUUUUACACUCCUGCACCCCAAGACCAACCACAAUACCCCCAGUCCACGCCCUCGCCGAAUUUCCAGCGUCCAGCCCAGGCUACACCUGCCCCUUUCUACGUAGCCGGUGCAGAAGUGCCAUCAGCGGGCGGUCCGUCUCACAACCAGCAGCAGUAUCCCCCCCGUGACCAGCGUCAUCCGUCCACCGGAAAAGCCCAGGUGCCGUCGAUUGAUACAUCGCCCACACCGCCAGCCAACGCCUACUCUACUUACACCGUGCCCCCUAACCAGAGGCCUCAGAGCACCUACGGCGCCCAGGAGCUGGCGACUUCAGUAUAUGACUCGCCCAUUGCUGCCCACAACCCGAGCUCUGCUGCAACGUAUACGUCCUCCGUCUACUCUCAGGAUGACCCGUACAACAAUAGCAGCCCUACCGUAGGCAAGUCAACGGUGCCCGCGCCGUCUUCUUUCCAACCGUCGGCACCACCAGUUGGACAGCCCUCUCAGUCAUCUCAACAAGCACAGCAGCCGCACUAUCAAAGUUACCAGCCAUCUGGAGCUCAGGGGCAGGGUAAUUAUAGCAACGCCCCGACUCAGGCCCCGCCGCCUGUGCCGACGACGGCAGCACCGCCCGUUCCUGGCCCCGCCCGGUCGGAGGUCUUGACACCGCCUCCUCUACAGCCUAGCGGCGCGGCCUAUGAUGCCAGGCACAGUCUACCCAGCCAGAGCCCGUCACAGCCACAGUAUCGAGCAUACGUUCCGCCGGGCGCCGCCGCUGGUGAUGGACCGAGUGCACCACCCCCAGCGGACUAUUAUCGGCAAAGCGGCGUGUAUUAG